AUGGCGACGUCCCUGAUCUGCAGCCGUUUGACAGCUAGCCUGAGGAAUUCGGGGCCCAAAGGCGCCAUUAGCUCCGCUUCUAAGGUGAGAGGUUCUUCGGGCCUAUUUGGAGGCAAUGCACCGCCACCACUGCCGCUGCAACAGCAGCAACGAAGGAGCCUCUCUCUGCACGAGUACAUGAGCAUCGGCCUGCUGAAAGAUGCCGGUAUUUCCGUGCCCGCUGGCAUGGUGGCCAGCUCCUCAGACGAGGCCUACGCCAUCGCCAAGAAAAUAGGUUCCAAGGACCUUGUGGUGAAAGCUCAGGUGCUGGCGGGGGGCCGAGGCAAGGGAACCUUCGAGGGAGGACUGAAGGGCGGCGUAAGAAUUGUAUACUCGCCCGAGGAGGCGCGGGACAUUUCAUCACAGAUGAUCGGUCGCAAGCUGUACACGAAGCAGACUGGCGAGGCGGGUCGCAUCUGUAACCAGGUUUUCAUCUGCGAGCGGCGCUACCCACGCAGGGAGUAUUACUUUGCCAUCACCAUGGAGAGAUCCUUCCAGGGCCCCGUGUUGAUCGGCAGCUCGCAGGGGGGCGUCAACAUCGAAGAUGUGGCGGCGGAAAAUCCAGACGCCAUUGUCAAAGAGCCCAUCGACAUUGUGGAGGGCAUCAAGAUGGAACAGGCGCUUCAGGUGGCACGGAAGAUGGGCUUCCCACAGGCGCUCCAGAAGGAGGCGGCCGAGAACAUGAUCAAGCUCUACAACGUCUUCAUCAAAUACGACGCUUCCAUGUUGGAGAUCAACCCCAUGGUGGAGGACUCAUCAGGCAUUGUGAUGUGCAUGGACGCCAAGAUCAACUUUGACUCCAACGCUGCUUACAGGCAGAAGGCUGUUUUUGACCUUCAGGACUGGACGCAGGAGGACCCCCGAGACCGGCAGGCAGCAAAGGCCGAUCUCAACUACAUUGGCUUGGACGGAACUAUUGGCUGCCUCGUGAAUGGAGCGGGCCUAGCGAUGGCCACCAUGGACAUCAUCAAACUGCACGGUGGGACGCCUGCCAAUUUCCUGGACGUGGGCGGCGGUGCCACUGCCCACCAGGUCACCGAGGCCUUCAAGCUCAUCACGUCCGACAGGAAGGUUCAAGCCAUCCUGGUAAACAUCUUCGGCGGCAUUAUGAGGUGUGAUGUCAUUGCCCAAGGCAUCAUCAUGGCUGUCCGAGACCUUGACCUCAAAAUCCCCAUUGUCGUGCGACUGCAAGGUACACGCGUGGAUGAUGCCAAAGCUCUGAUCGCUGCUAGCCCGCUAAAAAUCUUGGCCUGCGAUGACCUGGACGAAGCAGCCAAAAUGGUGGUGAGACUUUCAGAAAUCGUCUCAUUGGCAAAGGAGGCGCAAGUGGACAUCACCUUCCAACUUCCUAUCUGA